UUCCGGCGGUCGGUGGGAACAGAGCUCCUCAUCAUCACAAUCACAACUCAGUUAUUCUAUGGAGAGUUGUGAUAAUUUGUGAGUGCGCGAGUGAUAUCAAGUGUAUUUCGUUAUGUGUCAACCUUUAAAUUCUGUUAUGUGAGAAAAGUGUCAACGGUCCUACAGUUUGUGUUCGUGUGUUAUCCGAGCUCAGCCACUGAUAUUUUUAAUUUGAAAAAAUUAAAUCUUACUGUUGCCUAAACAAUUUUUAGGUGCUUUUAAAAAAUAUGUUUUUACCAAAAAGUGAUAUGUUUUUGUGUGAUGUGUGACCAAUGCUAUGAUAUUUAGCAGGCCUGCCCUUUUUCUUUAGUUGCUUUGGCAAUAAAGUGAGUGGGUACCGGAGCCAUACCGUAUGCAGCCAUCCCUUGGUUUCUCGACUGCUGGCACCAUUUCCUCGGCGUGGACUCCGACCAGCUCCGGGCCACCGGGCGCUGACCCUGACUCCAAGUCGCAGCUGGACGUCGGCGACUGUGACGACGACAAGGAUCUGGCGGCAGCGGACGCCGAAGGAGUCUGGAGUCCGGACAUCGAGCAGAGCUUCCAAGAGGCGUUGGCCAUCUACCCGCCAUGCGGCCGUCGCAAGAUCAUACUGUCGGACGAGGGGAAGAUGUACGGACGCAACGAGCUGAUCGCACGAUACAUCAAACUACGCACCGGCAAGACGAGGACCCGCAAACAAGUCAGCUCUCACAUCCAGGUGUUGGCGAGGCGCAAACUACGCGAGAUACAGGCUAAGCUCAAGGUGGUGGUCCCGCAAGAUCAUGCAGCCAAGGAGAAGGCCUUGCAGACCAUGUCAUCAAUGUCUUCGGCGCAGAUAGUCAGCGCGACGGCGAUUCACAACAAGGCGACGGCCGCGGGGUUGGCGUCACUGGGGCUCGCUUCUCCGGUGUCGUAUCCGGGCGCGUUCUGGCAACCUGGAUUGCAGCCUGGUACAUCACAAGAUGUGAAGCCCUUCGCCCAAGGUGGGUACCCAGGCAAGCCGUCGACGGCCGUGUCAGGAGCUGUGGUGGGGGGAGGCGACUUACAGGCCCCGCCACCUCCGCCAUGGGAAGGCCGCGCCAUCGCAACACACAAACUCAGGCUGGUCGAGUUCUCCGCCUUCAUGGAGCAAUCGCGGGAGCCUGACACGUACCACAAACACCUGUUCGUCCACAUAGGCGGUUCAGCCUCGUACACAGAUCCGUUGCUAGAGCCCGUAGACGUGAGACAGAUCUACGACAAGUUCCCGGAGAAGAAAGGCGGUCUCAAAGAGUUGUAUGACAAAGGCCCGCAGAGUGCGUUCUUCCUCGUCAAGUUCUGGGCCGACCUCAACACCAACAUACAGGACGAGGCGGGGGCUUUCUACGGAGUCACUAGCCAAUACGAAAGCAACGAGAACAUGACCAUCACGUGUUCGACAAAAGUGUGUUCGUUCGGGAAACAAGUGGUGGAGAAGGUAGAGACGGAAUACGCUCGGUUCGAGAACGGAAGAUUUGUCUACAGGAUUCAUAGAUCUCCGAUGUGCGAGUACAUGAUCAACUUCAUACUCAAGUUGAAGCAUUUGCCGGAGAAAUACAUGAUGAACUCCGUCCUGGAAAACUUUACCAUUCUACAGGUGGUGACAAACAGAGAAACACAGGAGACGUUGCUCUGCACGGCCUACGUGUUUGAAGUGUCCACUUCCGAACACGGAGCGCAGCAUCACAUAUACAGAUUAAUAAAAGACUAGGCAGCGGCCCCCCUACCCCCCACAGUGCCUACGGUGCGUCGGCCGCCGCCCGCUCUGCUGCCGCUCACCUGGCCUCGUCAAGGCUCCGCCGCCGCUCAGUCCGGAGCUAGCUGAGCGUCGUGCGGAAGGCUAGAAGAGCGGAAGCUGUCACGCACCGCCUUGUAUAUAACGUGUACAUACAGUGUGCAACGCAAUCAUUUGAUCUCCUCUUUAGUCAGACUGACUACAGUUUUGAGUAUUGUUUUGUAUUCACAUUACCGUUUAGAAUCGCCUGUACUUAUUGUUUUUCUUAUUGAGUUUUAUUCUUCGUUUUGGGUAGACUCGUGGGGAAUAUGCUUGUGGAUUUCUCGUUUUUGCGAUUCGCAUUGUGAUUACAAAAUCUUAAAGAUGUUUAAAAUUUUUUGAGGUUCAAAUUUUGCUACGAAUUAAAAAAAAUACUUUAUUACUUAUAGUUUUGUGACAAAAUGUAGAUAGUUUUUUCCACAGGUGUAUUCCGGAUCUGUGAAUACAUGAGUACCUAAAAUUAUAAAUUGUAAAAUAGUUUUAAAAAUUGAUGAAGAAUCGAAAUAUAAGAAAAUGUAUAAACAAAUAUCUUCUGUGAAGAUCUAGAUUUACCAGGCACAAGAUUCGUCAUCCGCCAUUUCGCUUGGGUCAUGGCAGACGGUGCUUAUCAAUAUUUUUGCUUUUAACCUUUUUGUUUGUGAAAUGAUUUUUUUCAAGCAGGUCUCUUCUGCCAUGCAUUUGAUGUAACCGCAACUUUUAUUUUGCCACAUUUGCAAAAUUGGCCUUUUGCAAAUAUUUUUAAGAAGGUUCUUUAACUUGUGUUUUAAAGAAAUAUGAAAUUCUCAUCAUAUUUUGGUGCCCUGAAAUUUCAGACAUAUCAAUUCGUUAAUUCAUCUAACUACAAAUAAAUUAUAACGAGUUUUCAAAACAAAUCUACUUACUAAUCAAGUGAAAUAUCUUAGUAACAUGUAGCUACUUAACUAUUUUUGAUUAUUCAGAAAUAUCAAAAUAGGUUACCUUAAGCAUACCCAACCAUUGUAUUUUAGAUUACGAAUUUCAAAAGGUUAUUGUGACAAUAAAUUGUACAAGCAUUUAGCGUAGAUUGAGAACAUUGUAUACAGCUUAGAUUUAUUUACCAUAUUUUUUUAUACCGUAGUGUCACACCUGUCGAUGACUCAAGUCAGUGCCUUCCAAAUCUUCCAAUGCCACACUCAUAGUGAUCAUUAAUUUAUUGUAGAUUAGUAUUUGGUUUUUUUAACCCAUAGCUUUAAUUGUUAUUUUUGUACUUUCUCGCGUUUAAGAUAAAUGAUAUUUAUAGAUUAUAGUACAGAAAUUAUAUCAAAUAUAUAGCGUUAGGAUUUAAUUUUAUUGUACAUACAGAGUCUUUACUUAAGUGUCAGAUGUGUUUUUUUUUCUUGAUUUAUUUCAGAAGUUUGUUUAUUGUUUGAAAGUGGUGUUCCAAAGAUAUUUUGGUUCUCUUUUUUUUACUUUACCAGACCUGAUAUUGUAUCUUCAAUACCAGACACAAUAUUGUAGUUUGAAAAUUAAAUAAUUGACCAGUAAACUAUUUAGUUUUAGAUUCUUGAUUUACUUGUUUCCCUAAUCGAAAAAAAUGUAAUCUUUAACCAAGUUCAAUUAACGUAGAAACAUAAUUCUUACUUUUGUAUACUCUCUUCCCUAUAAUCAAACUGAAGUAUUUUCUAAGAUCUCAUAAAUGAUAAUUAUUUAGGUUAGAUAACUUAAAUAUAAAUUUUGACUGACAAUUUUUUACCAAUCAAAAAGUUAACAAAUCUUAGAAUAUUACCAAAAUUAUGUACAUUGGCCACUCUUUCCGUAGUUAACGUUUUCAGUAGUUGACCUGGAGUCUUAAGUUUUGCAUACAUUUUUUGAACUUAUAAUAUGUUUUUAAAGGAUUAUUGACAAUCAGUUUCUUUGUUCCUCUUUACAAAUUAUUGCUUUGCUUGGCUUGUUCAAUGGAAAUCAAUUGAGGUUUAACCUUACUAUAGCGAUUUGUGUACCGUAUUUUUUACAGAAGUUUUGUAUCAAUGAAAAGUUAUCAAAUAAAAUUUAACAAUAAUCAGGAGUGUAAUUCAAACAUGUUGUAUUGUUCACCUUUAUACCUAUAAAAAUGAUUAGUAUAAUUUAAAUACCUAAACUUAAGCUUAAAGUGAAAGAUAACAGGUAACGCUGUCCAAUUUAUUAUAUUUAUUUACCUAGUUUGAAUGAUAAAUUUAUUCGUCUAAAUUUGAAAUCACAAGUCUAUAAAAAAUUCUACAUUUUCCACUUCCAGCGUCCAAAAAAAAAAUAUUUGGCAAAAAAAAUAAACCUAUUGAAGUGCUUUUUGUGCAAAAUAUAUGAGACUUAUUACACUUUUAUCAUAGCAAUUUCAAAACUUAAAGGCCUUUUCACACCGGCGUACUGGACGUACUGUACGUAUGGUACGUUUGGUACGGCCAGUACGCGGUCCUUUCACACCGCACAGAAACUUCCAAAACGUACACUUGUUCGUUUGCAGUCAGACAAGUAACACUGGCUGAGCACGUGGUUUUGAAGUGUUCACUGCGCAUGCGCAAGCCCAUGUACGUUUUAGAAAAAUCGCUCUCUGAGCAAUUCACACAAAACCAUCGUGUACGUACUGGACGUUCAGUACGUUCUGUACGCGCGGUGUGAACGAGCUCAUAUGAUAACAUGGGCAGCGAUUUGUUGAAAAAAUUCUUACUAAACGUACAGUACGUCCAGUACGCCGGUGUAAAAAGGCCUUCAUGUAAACAAAUAUCAACAAACCACCACUUUUACCACAAUCCAUUUUGCUAUUUCAAAGCAUAGCAAUAUUACUUAAAACCAACCAAAAGUAUAAAUGUGUGUGUUAUAUAUGAUGUAACAUAACGUAUAUCUAUGUUGUAUUUUUUAUUUUGAGCCGAAGCUCGAUUGAUAUAGUUUAUUUCUUGUUUUGUUAUUUUAAAAUGUUUGUGAUCUAAAUAUCUAUCGCAUAUAGGUUUAUCUUACACGUUUGAGUGUGGCAUGACGCGACUAAUGUCGUCGUCUAACGAUGUUUAGUAUUAUUAACUCGGUUAAGCAAAUGACCAAGAUCCUUAGUUAGACUUUACCCUUCUUUGGUUCUUUUGUAUAAAUAUUUUAUAGAUUUAUCCCUAAUGAUUUUACGUAUAAGUUAAGGUUUAAGCGAUAUCAUUUCAAAUAAUUUUAUUGCUUUUUAAAGACUUUUCUAUGUUAACGAGUUGUUUUUAUUUUGCCAUAUCUCGUUUGUCAUCUAGACGUAGAACCUUGUGACCACUGGAGGAACUUUACACUUGUCCAUUUAUACAAAAAUAAAAACACUCAAAUUA